AAUCGACAACUCCUUCCCUUUGCUAUUUAUCCAAGACUCUGUGAGGUAAAUCAUUCUUGUUUACCUAAGAUAAGGGAAGGGAAGGUACCAAGUCACUUUGACGUUGACUCUCGCGCCUCGCGCCUUGCAACCUCACUUCCUUCUUUUCCCCUCCACUGAUGAAUAUCAGAUCUGUUCCGUUCACUUCAUUUCUCCUCUUCUGCAUCUUUUCCCCUCAGAGUUCCCUGGCCUGACACUUCAUCGUUUACAAGGCCCUCACUUUGGCCGGCAUUAACCUUACAUGAGAUCCACUUGGACAUCCCGACUGAUGUGGUGAGGCCCUCUGCGAAUGCUCCCGUCAAAAGUUCCCUCCCGACCAUCUCCGGGACCCGUGCCGUGUCUGACUUAGUCCAUCAUCGUCUUUUUCUUCUCGCCGCAUGAACGCACAGAGCAAGUCAGGACCCGUCAGAAAUUGCUUCUAAAUCCGACCGGACCUCUCUUUCAUCUGCGCGUUCGUCUCAGGGCCAAGCCACGUUCUUCAUCACGUCGUUGUUCAUCUUCAAGUCAUCAAUUGCUCAUCAACAACAAGACGGCACCAAGACUCAUCUGGGCAGCAAAAACGCUUACUCCGUACCCUAUGUUCGGAUUACUUUCCGCCUUGCAUCCACAUAUGAUACAUCGGAGUACCCAAGCUCAACGGCAUCACCAAACCCAUAUUGAGGAUUAUUGAUUAUCCUCCGGUAGCAAGAACGCUCGCAAUAUCUGUUACUCGGCACAACACGCUCACUGCCAAACGACUUCCGCACGAGAGUCAAGUCAGCAGAGUCCAGCCCAAGUCAACCUGGCUUCCUUGACCGCCCCCAAACCGCCGCUUGACAGGUCGCUUCUUGCCGAAGGUUGUCGACUGACCAGACCCGGGACGACCAGGGACGCCUCCGCCAAGAGACUCGAACCUCGCGGCACAGACCAGAGCGACACAGGGAUUCUUCAUCGGUCUCUCCUCAAUCUUUCUGCCCCCGUCGGAAGGCAACCAAGGCCUGGGCCUAGUCUAUGCCACCCCAAGAGUUCCGUCCAGCAUUUGGCAUCCAGCUCUUCUAAGCAUCCUGAUAAGUGUAGGAAGUACCUGCUCUAGCAACCCACAGUCGACCAAGACAACAGAACCGGACGCCCACUUACCAUUUGGCCCUAUCUUCCGAGCUACGCCCUUGCCCAUCCUUUUGAAGUUUGAAGGCGAACCCCGUUGCAUUCAGAUCGAACUGUUCGUUCCUGGGUUAGAACGUCCGGCACCUAGACAUGGGCUUGGGGUUUCUCUGUGUAUCGUCAUUGUCUCCAAAUCGCGGUUGAAAUCCCCGGUAAUCUGAGAGCCCCUUUCAAAGAGAAAGAAAAGGGGAUUCAUUGGUACGACACACCGUGCAUCCUACCUAUCCCACCUUGAACUGCCACACCCCCCUUCCAUCUCCCACUCCCACUCCCACUCCCACUUCCAAUGCUCCUUCAUUCUGCUGUCUCCGUCCAGACAGUCCUGUCAGAGAAGAAACAGGCAAGCAUUGGCCAAGUGAACCAUCUCUUGGGACAGGGUUCAUGGCGAGGCAGGUUGGGGAGACGGAGACGUGUUAUUCCUCGGCACACCCCCCGCCAUCCCCAAGCUUCUUUGUUGCUCAGUGCUCGCAGCUUGGCUGACCGUUUUCUUUUCACAGUAUUCCCAGUCCUAAUCCCAUACACCCAGUUCCAGUCCUCGUCGUUGGACGCCUCUUCCCCAUCUCCAAACGUCUCCAUCUUGUACACACCCCUUCAUGCGACCCCUGAGGUACGGUACCCUCUUCUACUCCACCCAUCUUUCCCUGAUCCUGACAACAGCUUCCAGGGCCGUUGAGACCUAGUUGGCCUGCCCGACUUUAUAUCAAGAUCACUGCUUUACCUCCUAGUUGCAUUUUCAUCAACCAUCUAUCUACCACAUCAGGUUCAACGGCAUAUCAUCUCGGAUACUCUCCCGAAGCCUUCUGCUCUCGUCCCCAUCUCUUACUCUUCGCAGCAAAGCCAAUCUUACCCGACACUCGACUUUUGAUUCCAUACUGGGCGACUUCAAGGUAAAAGAGGUUUAGGUUGCGUUUUGGUGGUUGUAGCAAACUCGGACAAGUAUACGCGCAACGAUUCGUGCGCCCGCUACGCGCCACUCGUGGACCUCGAGUUGUCCAUUUCUGCCACGGCGCUGUCGACGUACCACUGUGCUCCUCAACUGAGAGGGACGGGUGUAGCUUGCUUUGCCAUAGGUAGGCCAGACCCUGUCUAUAUCACCAGCACAUGCUGUGUCUGUGUGGGUAUGCUGGGAGAAAGGCCAUUUUCGCUGACCACUUAGAAAGUAGAAAAGAGCCGCUUUCUUGGAUACACUCCAACUCUGCUCUUGUUGCCUCUCCGCACAGGAACAUUCCGAUCAGUCUCCCCUGCUGCCGUCCUGUGUCCCACCUCGAGGGAUCUGCGCCUGAUACUGUACGGAGUACACUACUUCGCGCUACCAUCAUCCGGCAGGGGUUCAACAACCAUCAACUUCUUUGUCGCAUUAAAUCUCCUCCUUCCACCACUUGCACUUCUUCCACCACUUGUCGCUGUCACGUAUCGUAUCAGAUAAGCCUCACCCACCCGCAUCCAUCAUCAACGGCUCCUCGCACUCGAAUAAUCAAAUAUCGUCUUUCUUACCACGCCGCCCAUUUCGGAGAUAAAAAGUCUCUCGUCGUCACGGCAGACCAGCUUUCCGGGUAUCAAACCUACCCUGCUACACUGGCCCAACAUCGAACGAACUGCCCCUAUCUCCGACGUGUCAGGAUAUUCUGGACAUAAUAGACCAGCUAUUUCUUUUCUUACCAAGGAAUAACGAACCGCGGGACACCUCACAACACAUUACAUUGUCAUCCAAAGUAUACCAAUCAAACACGACGACAAAUGUCGUACCAAUCUGGUUGGCACACGGGACCGGCUCCCGACCCCCAAGACAUAAUGAGGGAUAGGGACUCGUUGCGUCUGGUGAUUGCUCAAGCACCGCAACACGCCAAAGUAGCAACUGGCAAAGAAAAAGAUCGUAAACCUAUUGACCCUCCACCGAUUCUCAAAAUCGACAUUAGAAGUCACAACCAGAAUUACGCAAACUUCAUUCUGUCUAGCCCUAGCUUGUUCGUCCAAGUCUACCUCAAGCCCGGUGAUAAGAAAACCAAAAUGGACCCCGAAACCUGUGCAAAAGGUCUGGUGGGAUCGACAGUUUCGUCCCUGCAAAAGUACAAGAGUAUCGAUGGCCAGGACGAAGGCUACUUUGUUUUUCCUGACCUCUCUGUCAAGAUGGAGGGCUUUUUCAAGCUGAGAUUUGCGCUGUACAACAUGAAGGGUGGCGAGGUGUAUUUCAUGACAGAGAUGGAAUCCCACGGCUUCCAAGUUCAUACGGCGCGGUCCUACCCUGGAAUGAGUUCCUCAACGGAUUUGACCCGCCAUCUCAGCGAUCAAGGUUGUAGACUGCGGAUUCGAAAAGAUUCGCAAGUUGUCAAGAAUCGCAAACGACAGUUCCAAUACGGCAUGGACUCUGAGCAAAUGCGCAACGUCAGGCAACGCCAGGGCAUGGCUCAACUAGCCCAGCAAGCCCAGCGCUCGAAAGAUCUCGCACAACAGCAAGGCUUCUCUCACCAAGGCUCCGCGACGGGAGUUCCAAGUCCGGCAUCGUCUUCUCACGGAAGUGCACAAGCAUCUGCCGGGACAAUAAUGCAACAGACGAGUCGGCACCAAGUCCAGGCGGUCAGCUACGCGCAUCCACAACCUUUGAUGGCACAUUCCAUGCCAGGGAUAAUGGGCAUGCAGUUGCCGCAUUCGUCAGUGUAUCCGCCACCAACGCCAUCUUCUGGGCUGUCAGUUGCUUCGCUUCCCUCGACUUCGCCUACGCAGAGCCCAGACUUGGUGACUCCUUCAUACUAUCGGCUCGACGCAGGCCUCUACGAUUAUGCGGCAACUCAAAACAGCUUAGGGGACACUUUCUUCCAGCAGGCUCAUCAGCCUUACAAGACUGAACAAUAUUGGGAGAGAGACCCGGAUAGUAGGAUCAACAGUCACGGACAUGGUCACAGCCAUAGCUAAGAUGCUAGAGCUAUGGGCAGGUGAACAGCAAGAGCUCAACCGCUUUCAGCAUGAGACUUGGGCGAGAACAUCAAUAUGGCGGUUAUUUUGGGUUCAUAUUUGGCUUGGUGCACAUUGGCGAGGGGUCUCUAAAGACGGUAUUGCUUCAAGCGACAUUGCAUAACACCAGGAACAGUUGUUGGAUAUGGGUCGAUCCGGCGUUGGUGGUUUCGAAGGCUUCAACAGAAAACAAGAUACCCUUGGGAUUCUUUCAACGGGCAUUGGUUGGUAGCACAGUGGUGCAGCGGGAGCAUAGAGUGGCA